AGGCUGACCUGCGUAUUGGGGAGCUCCAGUGGGGAGACAGUGGGGUGUACCUCUGUAAGGUGGUCAUCUCUGACGACCUGGAGGGCAGGAAUGAGGCCCCUGUGGAGCUUCUGGUGUUGGGUAAGACAGGUACAGGUGUGUCAGAUGAUCUCCUGCCUGACUUUGAUGUGAAGAUUAUGCCAGAGUGGGCCUUUGUGGGCUCGGUAGCCCUGGGUAUUAUCCUGUUCAUCUUGCUGUUUGGUGUGUGUUGGUGCCAGUGCUGUCCUCACUCCUGCUGCUGCUAUGUGUCCUGUUGGUGCUGCCCUGACACCUGCUGCUGCCCACGACACUUGUACGAGGCAGGAAAGGGUUUGAGAAGCACGGCCUCGUCCCCCCAGAUCGCUGUGUACCCCCCCUACUACGUACCUGGGGUCCCGGCCAUGGUCCCCAUCGCUCCCCCCUCCCUGGUGGACACCAAGAUGAUGUCCGCUCCCCCCUCUGUCUCAGAGAGCAGCGCAGCUGGAGUGCGGCCUGUGUACCGGCUGCAGUCCUCUCUGGAUCAGGACUCUCUGAAGGUGUUGCAGCACGUAGAGAAACAGCUGGCUAAUUUCCACCCAGCCAAGCCCCAGAGCCACGACUCAUGCAGUGUCUCAGAGCUCAGUUCUCUCCAUGAGAUGGAUACAGGGGGUUUCCGUCAGUCUUACCGCAAGAUACAGGAGAAGGCCCUGCCAGCCAUCCCUGACCACGACCGUGACCUUGAAGACAUCCCUGAACGCCGUCAUCCCUCGUCCUCCUCUCAGACCCGUCGUUCCACACGCUACCAGCACCGCCGCAACCGCAGCAUUGAGGAGGACCAUCAUCAUAAUAAUAACAGCAGGUGGAACCCUCGUUCGGAGCACCUGCAACGUAAGGCCUUCCUCCUGGGUGGGAAGACAGGCUCCCUGGAUGAGCUGGAGGAGUUUGCCCAGUGCUACAGACAGAGAGGCCCCAGGGAGGAGCUCACCGUCAGGGACAUCAGAGACACCGACCAGGAGUACGAGAGACUGGAGCUGCGGGAACGAGAAGGUGACCGGGAUAGGGAUCGAGAUCGGGAAUACUAUCCGCCUUCUUACCGGGACAAGACGACGAAACGUGGUUACCGUGACAACAGUGAUCGCGAUGACCACGCAGAGACCUGGCGAGAACGAGAUCGUCAAGAGGAUCGUCAUGGAGACCGACAACGCAGUCCGCCGCCCUCGCCCAGGAAGAGACGGGGCACAUGGGACAACGAGCUGGAGCAGCGCCCCCCUAAACCCCCUGCCCCUCCUCCCCCUCCUGGCCAGAGCCCCCGGGGGCGGGACUACGAUGACGAACUCCUGAGCAACCUUUUGGAGCGCAAGACCAGACGGGGCGGGGCCAGUGACAGUAGGGGUGAUAGGGGCAGGGGAGGGGGGCGGAGCGAAGAGGACACGCCCUCAGACACACCCUCUAAGGGUUCCAAGGGCUCUAAGAAGAGCAGCGGCGGUGGCGGUGAGCGUCACCAUAGCCGUUGGCCUAGCAACAGAGAGGUGGAGUUGGUAUUAGACUCAAGGGGAGAGGACUCUCUACCCCCGUACUGCCAGACUGCGUUAGAGCGGUUCAGAGCCGCUGAGCGCCCCUCCCCCUCCCCCCAUUCCUCCCGCCCCUCCAACGGAGGCUCCACCCAUAGCCACGCCCUUACCCUACAGCAGGAGAGCGGAGAGGAGCGGGACAAGCCCCGGAAAGUGGUAUGGAGGCUCACCUUUACAGAUAUACUGUGACUCAGGUGAGAAAGGAAUCAGUUUUAGAAGUUAUUGCACCUGUGCCUCUUAGCCAGAGAAUUAAGCAUUAUCAUACCAUUAUAAGAAAAGCUGGAAACUAUCGUCAAGAUCUGAACCUGAACGACUUCACUUACCUUUUUUAUCCUUCCAUUCUGCAGAUUUGUUUUACUUUUUCUUAUUUCCUGUGUUUGUUUUUCUAAUCUGAUGCUUUACAACUGUUUUAUAAUGGACUUUUAUGGAUGUAACUCAAUUGAUCUGUAAUCAGUUACAAUUAAAAGGCACAGGUGAUUAGAUAUCAGAUUUGUUCAACUUAACAUCUUGACUACCACUACUACUACUUGGCUAAUACCAGUGUUGUGUUCAGCCUUCUAACAGAUGUUUUACCUCAGUUGAAAUGGCAGAGCUAGGUGGAAUCUCUUUGUAACCUUUGUGACCCCAACGUGACCCCAGAACCUGGCCUCACUUAUCCUUCUUAUUCUGCCUGCUUGCUGCCCCACUCCCAACUAACUAACAGAGCUUGGCUUGCUGCCCCACUCCCAACUAACUAACAGAGCUUGGCUUGCUGCCCCACUCCCAACUAACUAACAGAGCUUGGCUUGCUGCCCCACUCCCAACUAACUAACAGAGCUUGGCUUGCUGCCCCACUCCCAACUAACUAACAGAGCUUGGCUUGCUGCCCCACUCCCAACUAACUAACAGAGCUUGGCUUGCUGCCCCACUCCCAACUAACUAACAGAGCUUGGCUUGCUGCCCCUCUACCAACCAACUAACAGAGCUUGGCUUGCUGCCCCUCUACCAACCAACUAACAGAGCUUGGCUUGCUGCCCCACUCCCAACCAACUAACAGAGCUUGGCUUGCUGCCCUCUACCAACCAACUAACAGAGCUUGGCUUGCUGCCCCACUCCCAACUAACUAACAGAGCUUGGCUUGCUGCCCCUCUACCAACCAACUAACAGAGCUUGGCUUGCUGCCCCACUCCCAACUAACUAACAGAGCUUGGCUUGCUGCCCCUCUACCAACCAACUAACAGAGCUUGGCUUGCUGCCCCACUCCCAACUAACUAACAGAGCUUGGCUUGCUGCCCCUCUACCAACCAACUAACAGAGCUUGGCUUGCUGCCCUCUACCAACCAACUAACAGAGCUUGGCUUGCUGCCCCACUCCCAACUAACUAACAGAGCUUGGCUUGCUGCCCCUCUACCAACCAACUAACAGAGCUUGGCUUGCUGCCCCACUCCCAACUAACUAACAGAGCUUGGCUUGCUGCCCCUCUACCAACCAACUAACAGAGCUUGGCUUGCUGCCCCACUCCCAACUAACUAACAGAGCUUGGCUUGCUGCCCCUCUACCAACCAACUAACAGAGCUUGGCUUGCUGCCCCUCUACCAACCAACUAACAGAGCUUGGCUUGCUGCCCCUCUACCAACCAACUAACAGAGCUUGGCUUGCUGCCCCACUCCCAACUAACUAACAGAGCUUGGCUUGCUGCCCCUCUACCAACCAACUAACAGAGCUUGGCUUGCUGCCCCACUCCCAACUAACUAACAGAGCUUGGCUUGCUGCCCCUCUACCAACCAACUAACAGAGCUUGGCUUGCUGCCCCUCUACCAACCAACUAACAGAGCUUGGCUUGCUGCCCCACUCCCAACUAACUAACAGAGCUUGGCUUGCUGCCCCUCUACCAACCAACUAACAGAGCUUGGCUUGCUGCCCCACUCCCAACUAACUAACAGAGCUUGGCUUGCUGCCCCUCUACCAACCAACUAACAGAGCUUGGCUUGCUGCCCCACUCCCAACUAACUAACAGAGCUUGGCUUGCUGCCCUCUACCAACCAACUAACAGAGCUUGGCUUGCUGCCCCUCUACCAACCAACUAACAGAGCUUGGCUUGCUGCCCCUCUACCAACCAACUAACAGAGCUUGGCUUGCUGCCCCACUCCCAACUAACUAACAGAGCUUGGCUUGCUGCCCCACUACCAACCAACUAACAGAGCUUGGCUUGCUGCCCCACUCCCAACUAACUAACAGAGCUUGGCUUGCUGCCCCUCUACCAACCAACUAACAGAGCUUGGCUUGCUGCCCCUCUACCAACCAACUAACAGAGCUUGGCUUGCUGCCCCUCUACCAACCAACUAACAGAGCUUGGCUUGCUGCCCCUCUACCAACCAACUAACAGAGCUUGGCUUGCUGCCCCUCUACCAACCAACUAACAGAGCUUGGCUUGCUGCCCCACUACCAACCAACUAACAGAGCUUGGCUGAGACGAGAGGGGUCUUUUCACUGUUACACUGGCCUAAAUGAGCACAAAGCACAGCUUGCAUUAUGGCUUUACACUUUGCACACACGUGACUAACGUGAAGCUCUCCUUGCUGUUUUCUUUUAACAGAGCACUCUUCUUAGCAGAGACUCUCUCAUAGUUUGAUGCCUGGAGAGGACAGACACAGACACUGGGAAAGAUACUGGGGAUCAUCCUCUACUCCCCAUCACCCCAUACUGGGGAGUAGAGAGGAGAGGUGCUCAGACCACACUGGGCAAGCAGAGAGCAGCAUGGAGAGGUCAGUGACCUUGCAUCCAGCAGCAGAGGGAACGGCUACCUCUGAGUGACAGGCAGUACAUCCACUGGACUGACCAUGGUACAGGACUUGGGAUAGUCAGAUCAGGCAUCAGAUAUACAUGGAUCACCAUGACCUUAGAAGAAGAGUCAUGUUCAGAGCUGGGGCAAAGACCUCUGGAUGCACAGGACACACAGCACUGUGUGUGAGUGAGUGAGUGAGUGAGUGAGUGAGUGAGUGUGUGUAUUGGUGUGCGAAAGUGGUAUGUGUGAGGGAAAAGUAUGGUGCUUAUUCCAGUCUGCUCUUUUGUGUGUGAGAGUGAAUAGUUUCUCCAUCUCCUUGUCCUCUCCAUUGUAUUGUUCUGUCUCACUGCCUCUCACUAACAACACACACUGAAUGAUGAUGUCAUCCCCGAGUUUCUGUCACUGCCACCUCUACACAGUGCACGCUCAGGGCAUGCUCUUCUCUGUGACGUCGCUGAAUGAUGAUGUCACUCUGGAGUUUCUAUUCACCACCACCACCACCACUGCCCAGUCACGGUGGAAGGCUGACGUUGAGCCAACGUUUGGAUUCUGUUGUGUGAAUGGUGUGGAUCCCCCAUACCAUUGUGUCUUUCAGUGCCAUUGUAAAGCACCUAUUAUUAACCCCUUGCUUGGCCUUGACUCUGUGGAUAGAGGACACAGUGUUUCUUAAUCAUUGUGUUUGAUACAAUGAUACAAUAUUGGUUAUACCAAGUAAGUUCACUACUAACAGAGCCAGUGAGAGAAACUGGAACUUUAUGGGCGGCAGGUAGCCUAGCGGUUAACAGCGUUGGGCCAGUAACCGAAAGGUCAGUGGUUCGAAUUCCC